AUGAGUUCCUCCGUCGUGGUCUUCGGCAAUGAUGACGAGGACGCCAGCGUGGGCGAGAAUUCCGUCGUGGUCUCCGGCAAGGGCAAUGACGCCGUCAAGCCCUCGUGCACGGUGCAGUAUUCCUGCGUCAAGCGGCUUCGUGAGCGGCGCCUGCUCUCCUUCCUCGUGGACCAAGGCUUCCACGGCGCCUUCAGAGAGCUGAAUCGCGAGACGGGGGUGCUGUUCAACGUGGAGCACAUCCGGCGGCUGGUGAGGCGGGGACAAUGGGAUGAAGCCCUCAUGUACCUCAACACCUUCCUGCCGCCGUUCAUCAGUGAACGUCGGAGCUUCCGUGCCAGGAUCUUCAACAACUUCCUCCUCAUGCACCCCCGCUUCGCCAACGUGGUCACCGGCAACAAGGACAUGCACCUGGACAAGCAGUACGCCUACGGCCGCAGCAGCUCCACCCGCGCCGAGCGCAGGUUCCGCUCCAUGAACUACUCCAUACUCGCCCCGGACUCGGGCCACCUCAGGGCCGCCAUCGACUGGGACAAGGUGAGGAGCCACGCAGCGUGUCUUAUCCCCGAGUUGGCUCACCGUACUCCGGAGCUGAAACGCCGGACGGUGCUGCCGUCCCGCUGCAUGAUGCCGCACGAUGUACUCCCCAUUGGGACCGGUUUGUUCCUGAGGCGUCGUGUGAAGAAACAAGGCCCCCAGCCGCCAAAAACAGACGCUAUCAUCACGGCCAUAAACAGUAAUGUCUUUGUUACCUCCAGGCGAAUUGAUUUAAGCUCUCCUCUGUUCUGCUCUUCCAAGUUUUUGACAACACGUUGA